UCGCUAAUUGGAACUAUCUCUUGCAAAAACCACCUCCUAUUUAAGAUCUAUACUUUAACCUCACACAAGAAAACUGGGAGAUACAAAAAAAGAGAGAGAGAAGAAGAAACAAACACAAUGGCCAACCUCCCCUCCCAAUACCCUCAUCUCUCCCUCCAUCUUACCGACCGCGCCCUCACUCCCCUCAUCACCUCCUCCCAAUCUCCCUCUUUCUCCUCUCCCUCUCCCUCUCCCUCUCCUUCCUCCUCUUCCUCUUCCUCUCCUCCCCCUCCAUCCCAUCUCGAAGCCCUCACAGCGCUCUCCCACGCCGCCCUCAGCGCCCACGAAUCCGCCUCGCGCCUGGGCCUCGGCGUCCCCCUGCGCGUCGUGGUCGAGCACGCCGACUCCGGCCCCGUCCUGCUGCAAUCCUUCCUGCGCGCAGAUACCACCACCGGCAGCCCGCUCUCCACCACGUCUACUACCACUUUCACCAACACCGCCACCGCCACCAGUACCGCUGCCGAGACCGAUCUCGAACACCAAAAUCAACAUCAGCAUCCAAACGGCGACGACCCAGAUGCCACCCCCGACAACAGCAGCGCGCUCGAGCACCGCCUCCAACAACUGCAACUCUCCCCCUCCGACGCCAUCGACGCCUCCCCCGAAUCCGCGCUCGAAGACGGCGCCGCCGGCGCUAACGCUCCGCCCAUGCUGAUCAGCGUCGUCGUCGCCCCCUCCGCGGACGAAGCACGCGACGCCCGCCGCGCGGCCGCCAGGCUCGAGCGCGUGGGUCGCGCGAUACAGACGCAGUGGGCCGAGAUUCAGGACGAUGGAGGGGCCGGGGCCGGGGCUGGAGCUGGGGCUGGGGCUGGGGAGUGAGGGGAUUGAGGAGUGAAGGACAUUGCAAUAGAAUAAAGAACCAAGCGACCUAAAUCACAAGCCAGACAUAGACGAAGAAGAAGAAGAAGGGAGGAGAAAAGAGAGACAAAGAGAUAUGCGCCGACCAAUCAGCUUACAUAGCUUGGACGAGCCCAAACGAGAGAGAGAGAGAGGCAGAAGGAAAAGGACAGCCUCCCGUUACGUUGCGGCUUGCUACAAAUCGCCGCCAGCUUAGAGCAGGUCGAAGGAAACGCCUUUUGGGAUGGCCACCUAUAGGCUGUUAGACUGCUUACUGGGAGAUUUGCAUGAGCCAUCUAGUUUGCACAUGACUUCACUCUGGGCUGCAAGGUUGUUAUUUUAAAACCAAUCCAGGAGGAGAUAUGCCUCAUAGCCCAUUUUCAGUGGGCAUAUUGUUAAAUAGGUAUGUACCUAGGUACUCAGAUAUCAGAAGAGCAAUG